AUGGCUGAAGGUUCUUGUCUACAUCUGAUGAAAACAGCAUAUCCAGAUGGAUUUGAAGAGUUUGUUAUUUCUUCUAUCCUCAAGAAGACUCUUAAGGCAUUGGUCUACUUGCAUCACCAUGGUCACAUCCACCAUGAUGCCAUGUCUGGAAACAUACUUCUUGACACUAAUGGAGUGAUAAAGCUUGGGGAUUUUGGGGUCUCAUCCUGUAUGUUUGAUAGAGGUGAUAGACAACGUUCCAUAAAUACUUUUGUAGGAACUCCUUGUUGGAUGGCGCCAGAGGUCUUGCAUCCUAGAAGUGGAUAUGAUUUCAAGGCUGACAUUUGGUCAUUUGGAAUUACUGCACUUGAGUUGGCUCAUGUUCAUUUGGAACAAACAAAAAAGAAGCUACUACAAAUGAAAGUAGUCAACAGAUCUAAGAGGAAACCAUGCAACGACCCCCUGUUGAUGAUCUGUUGUCUACUUGCAAAACGCUUCUAG